CACGCAUUACCUCUAAUUGAGCGCGAGAGAAUUCUAUUGGCGAGAUACUUGCAAACCGGCUUCGUUUAGAAAGAAAACACCUGUGUGCAAUUUUACUAGCCUUAUUCGGAUCUAACGCCUAAAAAUGCCGACAAAGAAAUUAGCUCUUUUAAGUGUGUCUGACAAAACCAAUCUGUUACCAUUAGCAAAAAAAUUACAUGAAUUUGGAUUAACUCUAAUUGCUUCCGGUGGUACUGCACAGGCUUUAAGAGAUGCUAAGUUACCAGUGCGAGAUGUUUCAGAAGUUACAGGAGCACCUGAAAUGCUUGGAGGGCGUGUAAAGACUCUUCAUCCUGCUGUUCAUGCUGGCAUUCUUGCCAGGUUGACAGAUUCUGAUGCUCAAGAUCUUCAGAAACAGAAUUACGAUCUUAUCGAAGUAGUUGUUUGCAAUUUAUAUCCUUUUGUAAAUACUAUUUUGAAACCAAACGUGACGGUCGAGGAUGCAAUAGAGAAUAUCGAUAUUGGUGGUGUGACUUUGUUACGCGCUGCUGCUAAGAAUCAUGCUAGAGUUACAGUUAUCUGUGACCCCAAUGAUUAUGAAAAGGUCAUCAAAGAGAUGGAUACUGCUGCUGACAAUAACACCUCUUUCAAGACUAGACAAACUUUAGCUCUAAAAGCAUUUACUCACACCGCUGAAUAUGACAAUUCUAUCUCUGAUUACUUCCGCAAGCAGUACAGUGCUGAUGUCUCUCAACUCACUCUUCGCUAUGGUAUGAAUCCGCAUCAGAAACCCGCGCAGAUAUUUACUACCCUUGAGAAGUUACCGUUAACUGUGCUGAAUGGAUCACCUGGUUUCAUCAAUCUUUGUGAUGCCUUAAACGGUUAUCAACUAGUGAAGGAAUUAAAGUCCGCUCUGAAUUUACCAGCGGCGACUUCCUUCAAGCACGUGAGCCCAGCUGGAGCCGCAGUCGGUGUCCCCUUGGACAAUAUACAAGCGAAGCUAUGUCAAGUGGAUGAUCUUCACGAUCAGCUUACGCCUUUAGCGGCUGCUUACGCUCGUGCGAGAGGUGCCGAUCGAAUGUCCAGUUUUGGCGAUUUCAUUGCAUUGUCUGAGCCAUGUGAUGUUAUAACGGCAAAGAUCAUAUCAAGAGAAGUCUCAGAUGGCAUUAUCGCACCUGGUUACUCGGAAGAGGCUCUUCAGAUAUUAAAGAAAAAGAAGGGUGGCGCAUAUUGCGUGCUUCAAAUCGAUUCUUCUUAUGUACCAUCCCCGAUGGAACGCAAAACUCUGUACGGCUUAGUUAUGGAGCAGAAACGUAAUGAUGCGGUAAUCGACAAGCCGGUAUUCGAUAAUGUUGUGACGACGAAAUCAAAAACAUUAUCGGGAAACGCUGUUCGCGACCUGAUCGUAGCCACUAUCACUGUAAAGUACACGCAGAGUAAUUCUGUUUGUUAUGCUAAAGACGGUCAAGUGAUUGGCACUGGUGCCGGACAACAAUCUAGAAUUCAUUGCACUAGGCUUGCUGGAGAUAAGGCUGAUAAUUGGUGGCUUCGUCAACACCCGAAGGUAACAGGAAUGAAGUUCAAGAAGGGAGUGAAAAGAGCCGAAAUUUCUAAUGCCAUUGAUAAUUACGUUAACGGAUCUAUUGGAAAGGAUAUGGAUGAAGCUACUUGGGCCGCCAUGUACGAAGUGAUUCCUGAAAAACUAUCGGAGAGCGAUAAAAUCGAGUGGCUCAAAAAGUUGGAUAAUGUUGCUCUGAGCAGCGAUGCCUUCUUCCCAUUUAGAGACAAUGUGGACAGGGCUAGACUUAGUGGUGUCAAGUUUAUCGCGAGUCCUGCUGGCUCCACGAACGACGCAACAGUAAUAGAAGCCUGCAACGAACAUGGAAUUGUAUUGGCUCAUACUAGUUUCCGAUUGUUUCAUCAUUAAAUUCGAAAUAGAAUUUUAUACGUGCAUUGUUAUUACAUAAUACGUACUAUUUUUAUACGAUGUUCUCAAUAGAAAGAUUUCUUCUACUUAUUGUUACAAUAUUUUGAUAU